GCUGCUGGGCUGCGGCGGCGGCGGUUACUAUGGCGGAGUCGGCCGGAGCCUCCUCCUUCUUCCCCCUCGUCGUCCUCCUGCUCGCGGGCAGCGGCGGGUCCGGGCCCCGGGGGAUCCAGGCUCUGCUGUGUGCGUGCACCAGCUGCCUGCAGACCAACGACACGUGUGAGACGGAUGGGGCCUGCAUGGUGUCCAUUUUCAACCUGGACGGGAUCGAGCACCAUGUGCGCACCUGCAUCCCCAAGGUGGAGCUGGUGCCCGCCGGGAAGCCGUUCUACUGCCUGAGCUCGGAGGACCUGCGCAACACCCACUGCUGCUACACGGACUUCUGCAACAAAAUCGACCUGCGGGUGCCCAGUGGCCACCUCAAGGAGCCCGAGCACCCGUCCAUGUGGGGCCCCGUGGAGCUGGUGGGCAUCAUCGCCGGCCCCGUGUUCCUGCUCUUUCUCAUCAUCAUCGUCGUCUUCCUCGUCAUUAACUACCAUCAGCGUGUCUACCACAACCGCCAGAGACUGGACAUGGAGGACCCCUCCUGCGAGAUGUGCCUGUCCAAGGACAAGACGCUGCAGGACCUCGUCUACGACCUCUCCACCUCGGGCUCCGGCUCAGGGCUGCCCCUUUUUGUCCAGCGCACAGUGGCCCGAACCAUUGUUUUACAGGAGAUUAUCGGCAAAGGCCGCUUUGGGGAGGUGUGGCGCGGCCGCUGGCGGGGCGGCGACGUGGCUGUGAAAAUCUUCUCUUCCCGCGAAGAGCGCUCCUGGUUCCGGGAGGCUGAGAUCUACCAGACGGUCAUGCUGCGCCACGAGAACAUCCUGGGCUUCAUCGCCGCCGACAACAAAGAUAAUGGCACGUGGACGCAGCUGUGGCUGGUUUCCGAUUACCAUGAGCACGGCUCGCUGUUCGAUUACCUGAACCGGUACACGGUGACCAUCGAGGGCAUGAUCAAGCUGGCCCUGUCGGCUGCUAGUGGGCUGGCGCACCUGCACAUGGAGAUCGUGGGGACCCAAGGGAAGCCGGGGAUCGCUCACCGGGACUUGAAGUCCAAGAACAUCCUGGUGAAGAAGAACGGCAUGUGCGCCAUCGCAGACCUGGGCCUGGCCGUGCGCCACGACGCUGUCACCGACACCAUCGACAUCGCCCCCAACCAGAGGGUGGGCACCAAGCGGUACAUGGCCCCGGAAGUACUGGACGAAACCAUCAACAUGAAGCACUUUGAUUCGUUCAAGUGUGCCGACAUCUACGCCCUGGGGCUGGUGUACUGGGAGAUCGCCCGACGGUGCAACUCCGGAGGAGUCCACGAGGAGUAUCAGCUGCCGUAUUAUGACUUGGUGCCGUCCGACCCCUCCAUCGAGGAGAUGCGGAAGGUCGUUUGUGACCAGAAGCUACGUCCCAACGUCCCCAACUGGUGGCAGAGCUACGAGGCACUGCGGGUGAUGGGCAAGAUGAUGCGGGAGUGCUGGUACGCCAAUGGUGCGGCGCGCCUCACCGCCCUGCGCAUCAAGAAGACGCUGUCCCAGCUCAGCGUGCAGGAGGAUGUGAAGAUCUAGCCUGCUCCCGCCCCACGCAGCCCCGUGGUGAGCGCACGAUGGAGGCCUACCUCUCGUUUCUGCCCAGCCCUCCGCGGCCAGGAGGCCUGGCCCACGCGCGGGACAGAGCCCGGGAGACUCGCCCACUCCCACGAUGGGUUUGAGACACAGACACCUUUUCUAUUUACCUCCGGAUGGCGUGGAGACUCGGAGCGGAUCAUGCGCUGCUUGUAGUGGGCAGUCCCGCCGGCUCUGGUGCCCCUGGCGCGCGGCCAGGAGGGGCCGCAGGAGCAGCUCGCUGCCAGCGCUGGGGUGCCCCAGGGCGGCUCCAAGGAGCUGGGAGUGCAGCGCUGAGCCACGCGCUCCCCGCCUCGCCCGCACGGACAUGGGGGGGCAGGGGGACCGCUGCCGGGCGGGGGGGCUGCUGCCUGUUUGUCCAGCUGUGCGCGCCUGUGCCGAGGUGCGCCCUCUGUGGUGUGUGUCUGUCUGUCUGUGUGCGCACUCACCUGCUUCAGCUUCCUGUGCGCGUGCAGGUCAGGUGUGUGCCCGUCUGCUGUCUCUGCGUGCCGGUACCUCUGUUCCCCAGUGCACAGCAUCUGGUGUCCCCCGGGCCCCUUCCCAGGAGGCCCCUCCCCCCUGAGGCCCGCCCCCGCAUCCACUCAGCUCCCCUCCUCCAUUCCAGUCUCCCAGAACCAAAGCUGGCCCAGUUGUCCACGGCAGGAGAGGCUUUCGGGUCAAAAUUGGGAGCAGGAUGGGCAAGGGGAGUCUUGGGCGCUGGGGUCAGCAGCGGCACAGGGUAUCAGGGCGUGGACCAGCCCCAGGCCCCGCCCUCAGCGUCAAGUCAAGGACAGCCCCCCCCCCCCCCCCCGUUGUGAA